AUGGCAAUUGAUAGUGAUACUGUGAUACCCUCUACCUCAUCCGAAGUGUUUGCACCUUUUACUAUAGAUCCAUCACAUCCUUUUUACAUACAUCCUUCUGAUCGCCCUGGUACUCACUUAGUCUCUCUACCUUUCGAUGGGACUGAUUUUGUGUCAUGGCGUAAGAGCAUCCCAUGCUCCCUAUCUACCAAAAACAAAUUAGGCUUCAUCAAUGGUAGACACGCUAGACCUUCUGUUGACUCACCAUAUUAUCCUCAUUGGGAGAGACGCAAUGAUGUGAUGAUCGCUUGGAUCAGCAAUUCAUUAUCCAAGGAUAUUGCUAUCAAUGUUUUGGGAUAUGACACUACUAGAGAGAUCUGGUUAGACAUCAAUGAGAGAUUUGGGCAGUCCAAUGGGUCCAAGUUCAUUCAUAUUCAAAAAGAAAUUUGCUUGAUGUCUCAAGGCAGUUCUGACAUAGCUACCUAUUUUACUCGAAUACGCAGUCUAUGGGAUGAACUACAUACUACAUAUGUAGGUCCUGUUUGUUCUUGUGGAGCUUUGCCCAAGUUUCUGGAAGAAUUAAAACUCUAUCAAUUUUUAAGUGGACUUAAUGAAUCCUAUUCUUCAGUAAAAUGCAACAUUCUACUCUCGUCCCAUGUUCCCUCUGUUAGUAAAGCAUACUCCAUGUUACAACAUGAUGAAAAACAAUGGAGUCUUCAUCUUCUUCAUUCUCGUUGGCCUUCUCCAAUGAUUCUGCAUCAUUUUCUGCUAAUUCUGCACCUGUGGGAGGUUAGAGAAUUUUAA